CAAGGCUCACCACUCCGUCAUUCAUCAUGGACAUACUCCCUAAAGUUGUUGCUGCCACUGUACUUCUACUCAACAUAGUUGUGGGGAUCGGAGUUAUCAGCCUUGUUGCGUCAAGAGAGGGCCACGAUCAUAGGACGGAUACGCAUAUCAGCCAGUCGGAAAUAUUCAAGCAACGGCUUGAGCGGAUCUACGCUGAACAUUCGCAGAAAGCCUGGGACAAGUUCGCCACUGCAGGAACAGACAAGGGACAACCGAGUUCAUCUCCAGCCUUUCUGAAUCUGCUGAAACCCAUCGCAUAUUUCCCUGGACUUGACUUCACCGGCUAUACAGAAGUAGACACAUCUGAGGAAACUGCGAUUAGAAACUGGGUACCUUUUGUCGGACCUGGAAGACAACUUUUGUACAACGGGAUGAAGUAUAAGAAUGGCAGCAUCAUAGUGCCCGCCACUGACGUGUAUGUCGUUUUUAGCCACAUCAAGUUUUACACAGAAAGAAAUAAUCAUGACGAUGCUGAGUCUGAUUUUCAUCAUAAUAUUACACGGUACAGUGCACUGAAGCAAGAUGCAGAAACAGUAUUGAGGAAUGUCAUCAGCGAGAACAAAAACAGCAUCAUUGAUGGAGCAAGUCUGGAGUACUCCAGUGAUGUUCAUGGAUUGGUGCAGCUGGACGCUGGUGAUCAGCUGAUGGUGAAAGUAUCAGGGAUGAAUCCUAUGAGACAUGACAGGGACUGGCAUUAUUUUGGAGUAUACUUGACUUGAGUUGACAAAAGAGUCCAUGCAUAUAUAGGGACCCCGGUUCGAACAGACCAAAGUAUCCAAAGCUAGUGCUAAGGAGUGAAUGCCCUUUAUUUCAGUCACUGGCCCCUUACACAAUCGCUAUUUAUAUUGCAUAUGAAUGAAGGGAGCCCCUGGUAAUAACUUCAUCCAGAUAACUAAGACAAAAUUGUUAUGGAUGAGCAACUUCUUUAUUACAAUUGGGCGACGUUUACAUUUGGCAUUAACAUAUAUGCUCAUAUUCCUAAAAACGUGAGAGGAGAGUAGGUAGUGAAAUUAAAAAUACGGGAAAUUGUAACAUUGUUUAGGUAAUAGGGAUUGUGUCAAAUCAGUAUAGGAAGGGCAAACCAGACACACACGGUACUCUGAUUCCUGUGAGGGAUGUAUACAAUAGGCAAAGUCUCUCAUAAGACCAACUUUUGUACCACCCCCAGUCACUAAACCAGAACACCCGAAAGAGCAGAGAGAAAUAUGAUGCAUUAACUGAUACUUGUGAUAGAUACAUUUCAAAUAAAACACUUCAGCGACCUUUACAGUCAUAAAUU